ACUCGGCUGCGACCAGUUACGGUAUGGACGCUAUUCCUCUUCUUCGUUACGUUAAGUUCGUAGUAUAAAAUGCCCUUUUCUUGGCUGUUUAUUUGCUCUUUGAUCAAUCUGAUCAGCAUUGGCGCACUGGGAUUCGUCCCAAGUACUCAAAAUGUGGACCUCGACGAAAGCUAUCCUCACACUCCUUUGCUACAGCUCUUUUCUAGCAAAUGCUUCAUUUCUGGACAGUACUGGAUCAUCCAAUUUCAAUGCCCACACAGCUCGUCCACGAUCUCAUCAUGCAGUGCGGAAAGCAUGGUCCUCGAGGCCUCAGCUUCACCCUCGACUACCGUUGAGUACUGCAUCCAAUUCAGUGCAAAAAAUUGAUUCGACAACACUUCAGGACAUCAACACUCUGUAUCAGCGAAGGUUAACUACAAUCGUUAGUGAGGUGACCGGCGAUAUCACGAGCAUCCCUUCUUGGCUGUCUUCUCUUGGGCCUGAUGGAAAAUGGCCUGAUUCGCAAAUAAACUAUACCAGUGGAUGUGACGCAAGGCGUGCAAACUGGCCAGCACAAACUCACUGGCAACGUAUCAGUACUAUGGCGGCCGCUUGGCAUGGUGGAUUAGCUGGAGCGGAGAAAUAUGUCAACGAUUCAUCCGUAAGAAGCAACAUCUCUCUUGCCAUGGACUAUUGGUUCGCCCACGACUUUACGGAUAUAUCGUGUCUCGCCUCUGGAGGUACUCCCAGUUGUCCAUGCGGUACCCCAGGCUUCUGGAACACGAACUGGUACUCUAAUAACGGCAGGCUUACGCGGAAUGUUCAGAUCAUCCUCAUCCCUGUAUUUGUCUCAGAGACCUGUUUACUUUUGAACGAAACUCUGUCGCCUACCCAAGUAGGAAACUGUAGCAAUAUCUCCCUCCGCGCUUAUGGCACCUUUGAUCACUACGUACAUGGCUUGGGAUAUUUGACAGGAGCCAAUACUCUAGAUGUCGCCAAAGUUGGCAUAGAUCAAGGAAUUCUUGCCCUCAACGUUUCGCUUAUCACAGAUGCAUAUCAAAGGAUACACGAAACCGUUGUGAUAGAACCGACUGUGAAAGCAGAUGGGAUUCGACCAGAUGGUUCUUUCAGCCAACAUGAUGGAAUCCUUUACUCAGGAAACUACGGCAAGGACUUGGAAUUUAGCACCAAUGAUGUUUUGGAUCUUGAAAUUGCAGCUGGUGGCACACAAUUCGAAGCUGGUCCUGAGUCCCAGAAUGCCUUUGGCACCCUGCUUGAGGGCGAUCUGUGGAUGAUAUACCGCAAUAUUCGCACUCAGGUCGUCCAUUGGGACUUUAGUGUUCUGGGCCGUUUUAUCAGCUUCCCUGUGGUCGACAACCAGGCUACAGGUAGCACCAAGAUCAACGUUUCCGAAAUAGCUGCUCUCGGCAAGGAAUGGAAUUCGAGCGUUUUGACCCAGGUCGCAAACAGCCUAUUACAAAAUAGUUCAGAUGCUAACCAAGGUGAUAUUGUCGGCAAUCGUUUAUACUAUAAUAGCGAUUACAUGGUGAAUCGUGGUCCUGGAUAUGUCACCUCUGUUAAGAUGUACUCGAACCGCACGCUAAACACUGAAUGUACUAACUCACAAAACCCCCUCGGAUUCCAUUUAUCGGAUGGCGUUGUUUACACGUACCUGGAGGGCAACGAUUAUGAAGAUAUUGCUGCGGCCUGGGACUGGAACCUUAUCCCUGGUAUCACCGUAGAUUACGGUGCUAUACCUCUCAUCUGCGACAAUACGAGGCUUACUGGGAUCGAGACUUUCGUGGGCGGAGCAACCGAUGGCACAGUUGGCGCUGCAGUCAUGCGAUAUACGAAUCCCGUCACUCGUGCUUUGUCCUGGCAAAAGGCGUGGUUCUUCCUCGAUGAUGAUGUGCAACACGUGAUGAUAUCGCACAUAUCCUCAACUAGUGCUGCUCCAGUAUACAGUGUCCUUGAUCAAAAACGGCUUAAUGGUGGUGUUUUUGUAGAUGGAGUUGGGACUUAUGGCGGGAACUUCUCUAAUCCAUCUUCUAUGUGGCAUGGAAGUGUUGGUUACGUGUUCCAACCGUCGAAUGGGUCGUUCUCACUGUCUGUGGAGACUGGGUACCGAACAGGUAAUUGGUCUAGCAUCGGGACAUCAACUCAGCCUCCUGCAACAGUGGACCUGUUCGCAGCUUGGAUAGAUCAUCAAAACAUCAGCACUCCCAUUUCCUAUACUGCAUUUCCCAGUACCGAUUUUGGCACAUUCGUUUUAAAAUCAAACCAAGCACAGAUCAAAGACAUCGCCAAUGACCAGAACGUGUCUGCACUCUUCGAUGCGACGCACAAUACUGCGAUGAUAGUGUUUUGGAAUCCAGCGGGUGGUGCCGUCUCCUUUGAUUUCGAUGGUGCAUUUGCAUCUCUCCAUGUCACGUCCCACAGUAAUGCAGUUGUCGUCUACCGCCUCAAUUCUGGCAACGUCACUGUAUCCGACCCCUCGCAGACAUUAACUCAGCUAGUUGUUAAUAUGUCUCUGGGUAAUGGCACCAAACCCAAGGGGUGGGGCAAUGAUAGCUCCAAGAGCCUUUCGUUUACUUUGCCUACCAAUGGACUAGCAGGCAGUAGUGUCUAUCAGGUUUUAUCAGGGUGA